AUGAUUUACGAUCUUGUUUUUCUCAAUGGUCGAGUUAUGGAUCCUGAAACCAAUAUCGAUGCCAUUCGAUCGAUUGGUAUUCAGAAUGGAUCAAUUGUGAGCAUCAGCGAAGAAGUUCUUCAUGGACAUGUUGAAGUCGACAUUUCAAAUCUGAUUCUCUGUCCUGGUUUUAUCGAUGUUCAUUCUCACGAACAUUCGGAUGAAUACUAUGCAUUAAAAUGUCAAGAUGGUGUGACAUCUGUAUUUGAACUGGAAGUUGGAACGAAUGAUAUUGAUCAAUGGUAUGCCGAACGAGAAAACAAAACUUUGGUUAAUCAUGGAGUGGCGAUUGGACAUAUUCAAGUACGAAUGAAAGUUUUUCACCAUCCAUCUGGAUUUCUACCGCAGAGUGAUUCGCCAGCGGCAUUGCGAGCAGAUAGAAUCGAUCAGAUAACAAAAGAAAUAGAGUAUGGUCUUCGGCGUGGUGCCAUGGCUAUGGGUUUUGGAAUUCACUAUGUACCAGCAGCAACACGAUGGGAGAUUGUGGAAUGCUUUCGUCUAGCAAAGAAAUAUGAUGUUUGUUGUCAUGUUCAUAUGCGUCAUUUUGGUGCACAAGAGAAAAAUGGUAGCUUAGCUGCUCUACAAGAAAUUCUCGCUCUUGGUGCAUGUACCAAAGCAGCAAUCAAUGUUUGCCAUGUUCAUAGCACGUGCUUAGCGGUAACGAACAAAGCUCUUGAACUUAUUCAUGAUGCCCAUCGGAAUGGAAUGGACAUAACAACGGAAUUCUAUCCUUAUCUAGCUGGUUGUAGUUCGAUAGACUCUGCCUUAUUCAACGAUGACAUAUGGCAAGAACAAUUAGGCAUCGGUUAUGACAGUUUAACCUAUGUUAAUACAAAAGAGCAGUUAGAUAUUAACAGUUUUAAUAAGUAUCGUAAAGAAGGCGGCUUAAUUAUUAUUAAUUCCAUUCCCGAACAAGCAGUGAUCGAUUGUCUUCAAAGUCCAAUCACUUUGAUGGGCAGCGAUGCACUCCGUGGUCAUCCUCGUGCAGCCGGCGCAUGUGCACGUGUACUUGGUCACUAUGUUCGCGAACGUCAACUGAUUACAUUGAUGGAAGCCAUUCGAAAGAUGUCUUUACUUCCAGCGCAGAGAUUAGAAAGUGCUUCGAGUCAAAUGAAAGUUCGAGGACGUAUCUGUGUAGGUGCAAUUGCAGAUCUAUGUAUAUUUGAUCCCAUGAUCGUAAAAGAUUGUGCUACAUACGAAGAACCGAAACUUCCUUCGCAAGGAAUUGUACAUGUACUAGUCAAUGGGACAUUCGUUGUACAUAAUGGAAAGUUAGUAGCUAUGGAUAAGAAUACAAAACUACCAGGCCAAGCCAUUCGUGGUGUGAUUCGCGAUUAA